GUUGUCAAGCUACGACAAGUGGACUUCGUGGGCAACUCGGCUAUCGAUGGCGGGGCUAUCAGCCUUGCUGGAGAAACGCUUUGCCCCAAGGUGGAGGGCUGCUAUCAGUUCCACCUGGAUAAAGUCAGCAUGAUCAACAACAGGGCAUUAAAUGGAAGUGGUGGCGCAGUUCACUGGCUCCAGAAGGGAAUGCUCAACAUCAGCUACUGCCACAUCAACGAGUCAUACAUGCCGGUGCAGCUUAACAGCUACUCGGUGGAUCCCAUGCGGCUUGAAAACUCAACGCUGACAAUACUAAAUAACAAUACCCUACGGGUAUUCACCUCAUCAUCUGAUUUUGAUACCAUUUCCGUGCUGCACACGUUCCGGUACUACAGCUUCAACCCUGAAGUACAGUACAAUUUCAGUGCCGUUGGGACCGCCACAUGGAAAACAGCUGCUGCUGCCAAAAGUGUUGUUGUCGCCAACCUCACUUUGAGUGCCCUUCAAGCCAAUAACUCGAAGCUUCUUGGUGCAAAUACAUCUGAAAACUUCAUUACGGCCCUGUACAACUAUACCGACAACAACACAUCGUCUGCACUCACAACUACAGGCCGGAAGCUUCCGGCCCUGCAUGCGUUAAAUCAAAAUGCAAUUCCGCCUGAAACGCUUGCAUGCUGGCACUGGCGCGACAACAAGGCGGAUCCCUCAGGCCACGGUGACGACAUCGCAAGUUCUGCAUUUUACAUCCAGGCAAAUGAUAUUGUUGACUACUACACCAGCUUCGAGCCGCUACCCAUCAAUGCCACCAUGUAUGAUUGGUACGGCCAGGCCUGCAAGGGCUACGCCACCCAGCCCCCCGUGCAAGUCCGGCUGGGCGGCCUGCGCACCGAGGCUGACGGCACGCUGGUGAACCUGGAGGCACCGGAGAACAUGAACAAGUCCGGCCUCACAAUUGCGGGUCGCACAGUGACGAUGUCGGACAACGGCCUGGCAGUGUUCCAGAACACACGCCUUCGUGCGCCCGAGGGCCCGCGCGUGCUGGAGCUGAACGCCACGCUGACGAAGCCCGUGCGCGAGCUGGCCAGCGUCAAGGUGCUGGUGUACGUGCGGCCCUGCACCAUUGGCGAGUUCCUGGACCCCACCACAAAGGACAUGUGCAUUGGCUGCCCGCUGGGCACCUACAACAUGAUGCCAGCCGCGACCCAGUGCGAGACCUGCCCGGACAGCACCAACUGCACGGCCCCUGAUGAGGGCGCCAUGAUGCUGCCCGAUGACGGCUACUGGCAGAGCAACCUGUACUCGGAGCAGGUGCUGGAGUGCCCCAACCCCGACUCCUGCACGUACGACGCCCGCGAGGACUCGCUGCGUGAGAUCCAGGCGGUGACGUGGUGGGCGGUCAAGUGGAUGCAGGGCAACGCCUCACAGCGCGCCUCCAUGAACACACUGGCGGACCAAAAGUGGAAAGACCUCCUUGGCCGGCGCCAGCUUCGAACGCUGGGGGCCAACGUGGACGUGGUGAAGCCCAUUGAGACAAUGAGCGAUGAAGAGUUCGUGAACGCGGUGUACAACCUGACGUAUGUUUACAACCAGAACUACACCACCACCCUGUGCGCUGAGGGCUACAUGGGCACGCUAUGCGGCGCCUGCCAGCCCGGCUGGGGCCUGGUGGACGAGGCCAGCUGCAUCAAGUGCCCCGCCAAGUCCCUCAACGACCUGUACUACGCCCUCGCCACCAUCUUCACCAUCUUCACCAUCGGCAUGACAGUGCUCAGCAGCCUGGAGGCGCAGAAGACCGCGCGCGACAUUCGCGACCACGGCCUGGACGUGGCGGAGGUGCAGCAGCACACCGAGAGGCUGCACCAGCUGGACCCCGCGGGCCAGGGCUGGCACGGCCAAACCUCGCUGAACCCCGUGCGCGACUCCGUGGGCCCUGUUGAUGGCAGCCGCCCGGGCAGCCGCGCCGCCAGCGUCACCGCCGGCCCCAGCUCGGGCACGCAGCUGCCCCCCGCCGCCGAGGGCCCCAACGGCAGCAAGAGCCCCCUCCGCCCCGGCCCCGUGGCGGAAGCCACCGAGACCGACGGCGGCGCGCCCGCUCCCACCCCGCCGCCCGCCGCCUCACUGCCACCGGCCGCGCACCAGCAGGCCGGCGGCAGCGCCACCAACGGCUCCGGCGCCUUGAACGUCGGUGCUGUCGCGCUCCUGUUUGACGGGCAGCAGGCAGACGCUCACAAGCCCAAGCCCGACAUCGCAUCUGCCGGCGGCUUGGCGUCCAGCUUCCGACCCGACAAGAGCGGCUACAGUGCAACCGCCGGUGCCAGCGGCACACAGCGCCAGGGCUCUGUGCAGGGAGGCGUCAACGCGUCGGGCCGCCUGCCGUCCACCAAGGAGGCGUACAGCAAGUACCAAGGGCUGACGGAGUACGAGAUUGACGAGCUCAAGCGCGCGGAGGAGGAAAUGAGGGAGGAGGCGCUCAACCGAUACGCUGCCAACCAGUCCACAAUCAUGCGCAUCUUCAUCAGCUACAUCCAGGUGCUGGCGCUGCUGCGCAACGUGCCCAUCCGCUACCCUGACGCCUACAACAACUACCUCAAACUCAACAACCAGGCCACCGCCUACCCAGGAGACAUCGUCACCAUGGACUGCUCGCUGCCCUACUUCGCAGCCGGCGGCCUGCCGAGGUCCAUGCUCAAGGUCAUCCUGAGCUGCGCCUCGCCUCUCUACAUCCUGUUGGGCUUCGCCAUCCUGACGCUUUUCGGCGACAUGGCCAUCUACUACAAGAAGCGGAAGUCGCGGGCCAAGCUGAUGAAGGCGACCAAGAAGCGCGGGAUGAGCGGCAAAGGCGUGCCGCUGGGCGAGAGCGUGGAGGGUCCCGAGCCCUACGCCGCCGCCAUCACCACUACCACUUCCAACAAUAACAACGGCUUCACCACCGUGAAUACCUUUGCCCGAACAAAGACCUCCGGCUCCGCCACGGCGGCCGGCGGCGCUAGCAGCCUGCCUGUCGCCAACAGCUUUGCACCCGGCGGCGCCCAGCCUGUGUAUGGCUUCAACUCUGGGGCCCUGUUCUUCGGCCUGGUCAAGGACAACUACUGCCCCACGGGCCGGGACGACCCACUGCGCAACUACGGCGCAUUCCUGUGGGACCGUUACUUCUCACAGGUUCUGGUUAUGAUGAUUGUCAUCUUCUUUGUUCUGUACCCGGACGUGGUGGACAACCUGCUCAGCAUCUUCUCGUGCGCUGACGUGGACUUCGACAAGGACGGCAACCCCCUGGCGGUCAAGAUGGGUCUGUACAACAAGCAGGUCUGGACGGUGGACUACAACGUCACUUGCUACGAGGGACAGCACUUUGUGUUGGCCAUGGCGCUGGGCAUCCCCGGGAUCAUCCUGUUCGCUGCGGGCUGGCCCUCCAUCAACGCCGUGCUGAUGAGCCCGCUGGGCCGCCAGCUGUGCGGCCACAAGACGCGUUUCACUGAGGACAUGACCGAGUACUACCUGAACGACUACAAGCCCAACUUUAUCUGGUGGGAGUCCCUUGUGAUGCUGCGCAAGCUGGCCAUCGCGCUGGCGACCACCUUCCUGGGUAGCCGCGAUACCGACACCGGCCUCAACCUGCUCAUCUGCAUGUCCAUCCUGGUGGUGGCUGUGUCGCUGCAGCUGUGGUUCCGGCCCUAUCACCAUGUGGAGACCAACACGCUGGAGGCCGGCUCCAUCUGCGUGCUGCUGCUGACGCUGUACCUGUCGCUCUACUUCCUGCUGGACGCGAGCGUGGUCAGCAACAGUGGAGCCAUCGCCGUGUCUGCGGUCAUCAUCGGCAUCAACGUCGCCAUGGUGGCCAUCUUCCUGUACUACGUCAUGCGCUCCCACUGGCACACCUACAUCAAGGACAUGGGCUUCGAUGCGGAGGUGCUUCACGGCAUGUCGCGGGCCCAGAUCCACCAGCACAUGUCCAAGGCCAUGGAUGACGCGCUGCCCAGCUUUGUGCCAGAGAGCGUCAAGUCCGUCAUCACGCGCGCCGCCACAGGCACGUUGGCACACACGGUGGCCCUUCAGAAGCGCUUCUCCUCACCCGCCAGCCUCACCGUCGGCACCUCGGCCGCCACAAUGGGCACACACAUCUCCGGCCCGCUCAGCCCGAACUCGCCGUCUGGCGCCAACGGCUCUGGCAGUCCCAAAGUGGGGACCGUGAACUCCCUUGGCCGGCCGCAGCAGCAGGGCCAGCCCGACCGCGUGAACACGCUGGGGCGCGGCAAGGAGGAGGCGAAGCCCAAGCAAAGCAUCAACCCCAUUGACAGGCUGAAGUCGAACAAGUAGAGAUGGGUGGGUGGGAUGAUAGUGUUCGAUGCGAUGGUUUUGAGGCAGGAUUGGUUCGAGAGAGAUUGCAGGCGCAUCGUUGCAGAUGCAGCAGGAGGGGCUGCGGGCCCGAAGGAUGAAGCCUGAGGGAAAGGGUUGAGGUGGAGGAAAUGUGGGGCUGGCACGUCAAUAACACGUGUGCGGUUUCCCGCAUGUUUUGCUGUGGGUGAGCGCAGCAGGGGGUUGCAAGCUGUGGGGUUGCGUGCCGUGCGCGGCAGCGGCUGCGGCAGUAGCAACAGAACAGUAGCAGGGACCGCAUGUUCUCGCACGUUCUCGCAUUCUCGCAUGUCUUUAGCGGGACUCACCACCCUCGUAAUUCAUUCAGUCAUGUGGCAUGUGUACUGCGGCACAAAUUCGUCUGUUGGGGAUGCGUUUCGGUUUGUCUGAGCUGCAAGCGCAUCGGUUGUACAAGUGAGGUGGUGCUCCAUCGAGUGCUUGAACAUUGACAACAGGUUGCGUGCAGUUUGUUUGGCCUUUUCUGGACCAAGAUAGCUGAGGCUCCCUGUGCCGCGUAGUGACCUUGGAACAAGCGGAGGCGGAUGUGGAUGUCAUUGGACACAUGACACGUCAGGGCCAGGGAUCUGCCUAUACACGACAACGGUGGUGCUGUGGCAGACCUGUGCAGCAGCUGCGCCACACACAAAGGGGUGGUGGGCGGAUAGAUACAGACGUGGCAUAAUAAGUAAGGGCAAGGUCGGCAUAGCGUCGCCAGUUGGAAGGCUGACGACCGGCCACACCAAAAGUGACAGGUUGCGAUGUGGCAAAGCUGGGCCGGCCGGGCGAGUCGGCGUAAGGAGUGAACACAGUGUUCCGUGCAUGCCGUGCGCAGUGCAGACAGAGGCACACGUAUGAAGUUGCUCUCGCCAGUCCUAAUAAAUAUAACGUCUUGGGCUAGUCGUCGCACAAGGACUUGCACGUGCCUAGCCUGUGUAUGGCACGCCUAACAGGUAGCGAAGGGGUGUUAGAAAGCUCUUACCAACGUCAGGCGGCCUGCUGAUAGGAUAGGAUGUGCGCGUGUGCAAUCAACUGCACUACUUACACUGGCGCUGGCAUCGCGUUUGUGGCCGACUGCGGUGCUCAGGGUUCAGAGGGUUGCCCUCCUGGUGGUGCCGCAGCGCUGACUCAUGGCACUGCCUGCUCGGCGGGACGAGUGUGAUGGAUGUGCGACGGGACACUUGUAAGGCAGGUUGGUG